AUGUCUUUUGUUGUUGGAGAUGCAUUUCUUGUCAUACUAUAUACAAUCUGUGUGUUAAAACGACAAGGUGCAAAACGACUCCUUGAAGCUGAAUUUCAACGAUUAUCCGAUAUUGAUAUUACUUUUGCUGAUCGUACAACAGUAGCUCCAAUAGUUUAUCGUCCAGCAGAAUCAAUCAUGGCAGAGAAAACCGUCGCAACACUUUUAAGUAAAACUUUGGAACAAACACCUAAAUUUUCUGGUAAACCAGACCAAGACGCCGAUGAAUGGAUGAAGAAUUUAACUGCUACAUUUUGUAUGGCUGAUAUUACAGAACCACAAGGAUUAAAAAUAAUAUUCACAUUUUUGGAAGGACAUCCGAAGCAAUGGUUUAAUGAAAAUAUUACAAUGUUCGAAUCCUGGAGUGGAUUUAAAGCUCAAUUUCUUCAUACAUUUUCAUCACCAUCAUCAAAACAAUUAGCGUCUAACCGCUUAAGAACUCGUCAACAACGCCAUGAUGAAGCUGUUAUCGAAUAUUAUACAGAUAUUAUGCAAAUUAGUUGA